CAAUUAUUUCUUUUCUAGAGUAAAACUUGUAAAUUGUCAACGUUGGUAAAUUAUUAUUGGGUGAUGAACGGAGCCGGGUACCACUGAGACCUAGAACCCUGCAUGGUAGCCUCAGCUGGCUGAGUGCUUCACCUGGCUGCCUCUCACCACCUGCCUCUCCUCAUCACCCACGCUGUCACGACGAUUGGUCACCGAGGUGGAACAUGUCUCUUCCUGCGUUGAAUUUCAACACCAAGAAGCGAAGACAACAAAUAAAGAACAUUCCGUGAAGAUCUCAAAAAAAAAAAAAGAACUUGGGCAGGUUGCUCAAUUCAUGCAUAAAACAGUAUCCUCUCAUACAGAUGUUACAGUGUUUGUUCAUUAAGUAAAGUGCUAGAAUUGGAGUGUAAAAAUAGGUAUUUGUGAGGUUGAAAGAGUAUAAAACACGAGCAGGAUGUCCUGGGACCUUGUUCAUAAAGGUUUAGAACUGUUUGACACAGAUCUAGCAGAAAAUAGUAGUUGGAAGGCUGAUGGCAGUGCCAAGCCAAUGAAUGUCAGCACUAACCGUCACGGAAUCAAAAAAGCGGCCAAGCAGAAGCAGAAGGCUCAGGCAAGGAGGAGAGAAGUUAAAGCACAACUUAUUCAGAAACAGGUCACAAAUGCCAUUGCUGAGUAUGAGAAAUAUGCAAAAAUUGAUUGCACAAAUGAUAAUAUUAAGCUAUUGAAAAAGAUUGACAGAAAGAAAGCACCCAACCAAUACAUUGAACAGGUUGUAAAUCAUCACGCUAAGGAGCUGGAGAGAAAAGGUGGUGUUCGAGAUUUUGACCAUCAGAAGAAAGGCAAAAAACGUGAUAUGGAAGAAACAUCUGUAUUCACUGAUGAAGAUUUUGAGAAGAUGAACAAAGAGUGGCUGCGUCUCUACUAAAUUUUGACUUCAUGCUCCAAUAGAAUCAACAAAUUUGCUGAUCCAGUGCUUGAAAAUGGUUGGCACGAUUGAUGGAUAAGGAGACAAAAGUUCCCAUACUGUGGAUAUUAAAAAUGCCCUAAAUGUGUGAUUGCAGAAGUUAGUGAAGUAAAAACUGGGAGAUUUGCAUAACUGCUCGCAGAAAAUGUCAGACUUGAG